AUGGCGGAUCCUUCCACGUUAAGCAAAGAAGAUUUAAAGAAAGAAUUAUCUAGUUUUGGUAUUAAUACACCUAUUACUCCAUCAACCAGAUUGGUGCUGGAAAAGAAACUUGUUAAACUUAGAAAAGAAUCACGAACUUUCCCAGGAAAUGAAAGGAAUAGUAGAAAUUCAAAUACAUCCAAAAGUCCGGUAAGAAAUAUUUCUACAAGUACGAAAACUUCCACAUCUAUAACAAAUACAACUAGAAGUAGUCUUAAUAAUACUAAAACUAAUUCAAUUAGUCCUCUUAUUGCUAGAGAAAUUGGUGGAAAAUAUACAACAAAUACAUUAAGAAACAAAUCAAAGUCGCCAUCACGAACAUCACCAAAAAAUGAUAUUUUGAAACAGCUUGAAAUAUUAAAAGAAUUUUCAAGAAAUGAUCCUAUUUCUAUCCCGAAAGAAAUUUCCUACUCUUCGCAUAGACAAUAUACUGAUUCAUCAUUUAAAUCACCAAGUUCGUAUUCAUAUAGGGGAGAAAAAAAUGACAUUUCAACUAAUUCUUUUAAACCAGAAGUACAUUCCAGAUAUCCUUCUGACAAUAGAUCAUUGUAUAAACCAGAUAUAAAAAGUACACCACGGAUAUCUAGGUUAAAUAAUGAAUAUCCUGGAACUGAAAGAAAGCGAUAUGUUGACAGUUUGUAUGGAAAUAAUGUUAACUAUGUUGGUAAUAAGAUAAAAAGUACUAGUAGAUUUUUUAAAUAUCUUCCAUGGCUUUUAAUUUCUACAGUAGCUUUAAUCAUUAUUUUAAAUUUGGAUAUUAACGUUAAUCGUCAAAAAGAUAUUUUACUUACUUCAUUUUAUAACACAUUUUCUUUUGUUUUUAACUAUGCUGUAUUUCCUGUUUUCAUGAUUGGUUUAGUUGUCGUACUGGUGACUACGACGUUUUUGAGCGUCAAGUUUUAUAGAAAUAAAAAAUUAAAAGAAACUAAACAAAUAAAAGAAACAGCUGAAAAAAUCGUUGGUUAUUUAACCUCAAUAAAUUCCUUGAAAUCUAUUGGUGUACCUGAGUAUGAAUUAUUUGAUGAAAUAUUUCCUAAAAUGAUAAGAACGAAAAAAGAUAGGAGGAUUUUUGAAGGUGCUUUACAAUACAUAUUUGAAACUGAAAUUAAUAUCCGUUAUGAAAUUCAUGAUUAUGAUGGUGUUGAGACAAAAGUUUAUUUCUGGACAACGCCUUUACGUGAAAAAUGGCAAGGAAGUGCUGUAGGAACUUCAAAUGGGGUUAAUCUUCCUCGUCAUGGACUUGCUAAUUGUCUUAAAAUUCGUGGUAUAAGUAUAGAAAAUGUCAAUGGAAAGAAUCGAGAAAUUAUGGAGGAUAUUCGUUUAAGAUGUAUACCUUAUAAAAUUGUAGACAUGCAAAUUAUGACAGAUACGAAGGAAGUUGUACUAUACAUGAAAUUAAGAAAUAAUGAUGAAGCCAAUAAGAUAUUUCACUUGCUUCACUCACAUUGGUUUAACGGUGAUUUGCUUAAUUGCAAGUUUCUUGAAGAAACAAAAUAUAAUCAAAGAUUCAAAAUUUAA